UCUUCUCUCUCUCUCUAUUUGGGUUUCUUUGCCCUCUUAUUUGAAAAAAGAAAAAAAAAAAAAAAACAAUGCUUUCUUUACCCUGGAGAACAGUGGCAUUGGGCUUAAUUGUACUUCAGGUUUGGUUUUGUGUUCAAGUCGAGUGUUUUCCAGCUCUGUUUGAUCGGGUUACUCAGUUACCCGGUCAACCCAAAGUCGGGUUCCAACAAUACUCGGGUUAUGUGACCGUUGAUGAGAAAAAACAGAGAGCCUUGUUUUACUACUUUGCUGAAGCUGAAGUAGAUCCAGCUUCCAAGCCUCUUGUCCUCUGGCUCAACGGAGGGCCUGGCUGCUCUUCAUUGGGGGUUGGAGCAUUUUCUGAGAACGGACCAUUCAGGCCUAGUGGGGAAGUGCUGGUGAAGAACCAAUAUAGCUGGAAUAGAGAAGCCAAUAUAUUGUAUUUGGAAGCCCCAAUUGGAGUUGGGUUCUCUUAUUCUACUGACGUCUCCUCUUAUGAGGCUGUUAAUGACAAGAUCACUGCCAGGGACAAUCUGGUGUUUUUGCAAAAUUGGUUCCUCAAAUUCCCUCAGUACAGGAAUAGAAGCCUGUUCAUUUCAGGGGAAAGCUACGCAGGUCAUUAUAUACCUCAGCUGGCAGAACUUAUGCUUCAGUUUAAUAAGAAGGAUAAGCUGUUCAAUUUGAAAGGAAUUGCUCUGGGCAAUCCUGUUUUAGAAUUUGCUACUGAUUUUAAUUCAAGGGCUGAAUUCUUCUGGUCUCAUGGACUGAUAUCGGAUUCUACAUACAAAAUGUUCACCAUUUCUUGUAAUUACUCGCGAUAUGUUAGCGAGUAUAACAGAGGAACCGUUUCUCCUAUUUGUUCAAGGGUGAUGAGCCAAGUAAGUACAGAAACUAGUAGAUUUGUGGACAAGUAUGAUGUUACCCUUGAUGUCUGUAUAUCAUCAGUGUUAUCGCAAUCCAAAGUCCUAACUCCCCAACAAGUUGGUGAGACUAUAGAUGUCUGCGUAGAAGAUGAAACAGUUAAUUAUCUAAACAGGCAAGAUGUGCAGAAGGCUCUCCAUGCACGUCUUGUAGGAGUCCAUAAAUGGGCUGUCUGCAGCAAUGUCCUAGAUUAUGAACCGCUUGAUCUGGAGAUACCAACAAUCACUAUCGUGGGUGGACUCGUGAAGGCAGGAAUUCCAGUCAUGGUAUACAGUGGGGAUCAAGAUUCUGUCAUCCCAUUGACUGGAAGUCGAACAUUAGUUAAUCGAUUGGCCAAGGAAUUGGGUUUGAAAACCACUGUGCCUUACCGAGUUUGGUUUGGAGGGCAGCAGGUUGGUGGCUGGACUCAGGUUUAUGGAAAUAUCCUAUCCUUUGCCACCAUUAGAGGAGCAUCCCAUGAAGCCCCAUUCUCGCAGCCUGAGAGAUCACUGGUUCUGUUCAAGGCAUUUUUAGAAGGCCGGCCACUACCGGAAGCAUUCUGAUUUCCUGAUCAGUUCUUGGAUUGAGA